AUGUCCACGGAAGAGCCCAUCAACGACGUGCAAUUGGAACCUUCUACUCCCUCCAAAGCUCAAUCAGAUUCUAAUGAAGUAACAAGCCCCGUUGCGCCGUCUGUAACAAGCCCGGGUGGUGCGAUCGACGAACAGGGCAGCGCAAAAGUUGAUGAGGCGUCCGAACCGGCUCCCAAAUCACCUUCGAAAAUUAAAGCUCCCGUAAGCACUGAUGCAAAGAAAGGUGUUAAACCAGGACCUUCAACUGUUAGGACCGCAGCGUCAGCUGCUCCCAAGAAAGUAGCGCAGUCGGGCACUGCUGGUGGAUCGACGAGCGGCAGAGGAGGAACCACAACGUCUGGGACCAGUGGAAAGCCAUCCGCUGGUGCUGGUGGCACCAACGGAACCUCAACAUCAAGAGCUGGAGGUCUUACGCAUCACAAGGAUUCCCCAUCUACAGCUUCCUCCGCGGUUGGUGGAAAGCGCGUCCCGACCACUUCGGCGGCAGGUACCGCUGCUCCAGCAGCUGCAAAGCGUGCUUCUUUGGCACCCGGGUCUGCUUCAGCAGGAGGUGCCGCGAAACUCGCUGGUACCAAGCCCGCUCUGUCCGUAUCUACCAGUGCCAGAGCAUCAGCUGUCGGAGGUGGCCCUACUACUCCUAAACCGGCAGUAGGAGCUUCUAAAGAUACCAAAGAUACCAAGGAUGCUAAAGAGGCGAAGGAUGGCAAAGAGACUCCGUCAUCAGUCAAAAGAACCUCCGGCGUCCUGUCACCGACUCGUCCGACUGGUGCUAAACCCCGAGCGUCAGAGGCACCAGCCGCUACAACAGCUUCCGCUCGAGCGGGACCAAGAGCGAGUCUUGCUGCCGGAAAAGCAACGACAUCAACUGCAGCUGGAGCAGCUGCCAGGGGCAAAGCCCCGGCGGCAGCUUCAAAUGAGAAAGUAACCGAGCUAGAAGAAAAGCUCAAAGACGCGACUUCAUCCUUGGAGGAAAAGCUCGCAAAAGUCGUCGAGAUGGAAAGCCAGAUUUCUUCGCUAACAGAAGACUUGGCUGCACGUUGUACGGAAUUGGAAGAGCGCAACAAGGCCAUUGAGGAUCAAACUGCGCAACAUUCUCAGCUUGAACAGGAUCUUGCAGCUGCACGGGAGGUCUCUGAUCAACACAAACAAGCUUAUGAUGAAUCUCAUGCUCUCUACUUAUCCUCUUCAUCCGAGGCUGAGGCUGUCUUGAAAGACUUUGAGGCAACUAAACAAGAACUCGAACAAAUCAAGGCAGAGUUGGAGGCUUCCAACGCCAAGGUCGCGGAAUCUCAAGCCGCAGUUGACGAGUUAAAAGCCAAUUUAGAGGCUGCAACUCAAGAUGCUACUACUGCUCGAGAAGGGCUUGCAAAAGCCCAAGAGGUACUCAACUCAGCCAAGGAAGAGCUUGAAACUUUGAGGACGCAGGUAGGGGAUGCAACAACCUUAGCUGCUUCCCUAACUACUCAGGUCACGGAGCUGAGCGAGUACAAGCCCAAAGUUGAGGAGUACAAGGCCGAGCUCGAGGUUGCCAAUCGCAUGUUGGUGGAUACUGCUACCAAGUUAUCAGAAACAGAAGUGGAGGUCCUCGAACUUCGAGAUGCUAAAGAGGAGUUUUUGGAAACUCAGAAGAGCAACCUUGCAAAGAUUCAGGCUUUGGAAGGCGACGUAUCCGCUGCGAUUGAGAAGCAUGAUGCCGAGAUCGAGACCCUCAAGGCCUCUCAUCUAGAAGAGUUGAACACCUUGAAGAAGCAGAUGGAGGACGCCUUGGAAGAGGCCGCUGCAAAGGCGAGUGCAGACAUGGCCGCUCAAGAAGAGGAGCUUAAGAACACGAAAGAAGAGUUAGGCAACCAGCAGAGUGUCUAUAAUGCGAAAAUCGAGGCUGCAGCUGCAGAGCAUGAAGCUCUGCUAGCACAGGCCUUUGAAAAAGCCAAGAACGAAGCUGGUGCUGCUCACUCUGCAGAACUUCAAACUCUAAGAACUCAAUCUCAAGCUUCGAUGGAAGAGGUUCGUGCUGCGCACGCUAAUUCUCUGCAAGAGCUCCAAUCCUCGCAUGAAAAUGCAUUGGAAACAGCAAAGAAGACGUAUGAGAAACAGCUUGCUGCUAUCACUUUGGACCUCAAUGCUACACGGGAGGAUCUUGCCAAGUCCAAGAACCUGGUGUCCACAUGUCAAGCUGACAAUGACCACCAUACUGCCGAGAUCCAACGUCUCAAGUCAGAGCUUGAAGCCGCCAAGGAGUCUUCGUCUCAAGACCAGGCAAAGGAUGCGCAGGUUGCCGACCUCAAGAGGCAAUUGUCUACAAUGGCUGACGAUUUGGAUGCCACCAACGCGGCCUUCACGGCUCAGAAGGAGUCGCUACAAGAGAUGAUGGAGAGUCAUCAACGUGACCUUGAGGAAGCAGCCAAGUCCCGUGUUGAAGCCAUUCAGGAACUCAAGAAGGCUGCUGAUGAGGAAAAGGCGGCUUGGACAACGGAAAAAGCCAAGCUCGUACAAGACCUCGAGGACGAGAGGGUAGCCAAAGAGCAAGCAAAAGCUGAAGCUCAGGCCGCUCAAACUGCCCUACAGACUCCUCCAAUGUCACCAAAGGCUAACGGCGAGCCCAGUCAUAUGGUCGCUCGCGAGGACCUGCGAAAAGUUCACGAGGCGCACACAGCCAAGAUGGCUGAAGUGGAAGCAAACCACAACAAGGUCGUGCAAGAACUGAAAAAGGAAAUCGCCGAGCUGAAAUCGGAAUGCGGUCAUCUCCGAAGUGACGUCGAUAGCAAGACACUCGAGCUCAAGUUCAUGGGUGAUGAGAAGCAAGAGUUGGAAGAAGAGAUAGAAAA